AUGGCGAAAUUCAGCUUAAUAGUCGCAGCAUUGAGCGUUCUCUCAGUCAUCAAAGCAGCUCCGCUUCAAGAACGACAAUCUAAUACUACUAUCGUCAGCGAAUCAGCUCCAAACCCCAUUGGAACUCUUUACCCAACAGGCAUCACGGGCACUCUCAAUGGCACCAUUGUUGUUGUUCCAAUUCCAUAUACUUUGGCACGCAGUUUGAUUCCAGAAAAAUUUGGUAUCCUGAAGGAAGCAUAUCAAAGCAUUCUCCCGGCUUUACCGAAGGAUCAGUAUCCUCUCAUCAUUAGAUCGGUCAUUGAUCAUGAUGUUGGUUUGAACGGCGUUAAUCUUAUUCCAGACUUUCAGACAGUCCACGUUUCCUACCCCUUUGUUGAUCUACUCGGUGAUGGAUACUCCAGCUUCUCUUUCCAAGAAUACCUCAUCAUCUCGGCCGACAAUCCUUUCACCAUUGGUGGUGUCGCAGCAUACAAAACCAUCCCAGUCCCGGCCACCUUCCGUCCAAAUGGCCAAGCUUAUGCCUUCACACCAAACGGAAAACGCGGCGAGAUCUAUUACGACGCUUAUGCUGCCAACGCAUCUAGUAAUGACCCUCCAAUUGUAACUACCAAGUUUACACCCCAAGGUCACUUGCGUUGGCCUAUGGAGCUGUUCGUCAACGUCACUAACCAGCCGGCUUUCACUGACGGUGAUGUUGGCUGCGACAAUCAGAUUAUGAUGUUCAAUACUACCCUCUCCACCGGUAUGAACCGUCCAGUACCAAUUGUAGGAGACAUCACAAUCAAAGCACCAUUCUUCCAGAAAGACAGAGACUCGCAAUAUCUUGGAGUUGCUGGGAUUAAAGUUGAUGUUGCGUUUCUCGAGAAUAACCUAGUACUGUGCAAGAGCAUGAAGGGUUAUCAUGGUACUGGUUCUGGAGAUCGUGGAACGGGUAUUCCUACUCGAACACACUACUAG